AUGUUUAACAGCGUCUCAUAUUCUGCCGGUGUUACCCAGUCUAUGUGUGUCUCUGGGCGCAGUGUUGGAGUUAUAUCUACUGCUACACCUUCUAAAGGUCGCUCACAGUCAGAACACGUGCCAACAGGUCGCCCACAGUCAGAACACGUGCCAACAGGUCGCUCACAGUCAGAACACGUGCCAACAGGUCGCCCACAGUCAGAACACGUGCCAACAGGUCGCCCACAGUCAGAACACGUGCCAACAGGUCACUCACAGUCAGAACACGUGCCAACAGGUCGCUCACAGUCAGAACACGUGCCAACAGGUCGCUCACAGUCAGAACACGUGCCAACAGGUCGCUCACAGUCAGAACACGUGCCAACAGGUCGCCCACAGUCAGAACACGUGCCAACAAGUCGCCCACAGUCAGAACACAACAGUGCAGUCAGACACGUGCCGCGCUCACAGUCAGAACACGUGCCAACAGGUCGCUCACAGUCAGAACACGUGCCAACAGGUCGCUCACAGUCAGAACACGUGCCAACAGGUCGCCGUGCCAACACAGUCAGAACACGUGCCAACAGGUCGCCCCACAGUCAGAACACGUGCCAACAGGUCGCCCACAGUCGGAACACAUGCCAACAGGUCGCCCACAGUCGGAACACAUGCCAACAGGUCGCCCACAGUCGGAACACAUGCCAACAGGUCGCCCCACAGUCAGAACACGUGCCAACAGGUCACCCACAGUCAGAACACAUGCCAACAGGUCGCCCACAGUCAGAACACAUGCCAACAGGACGCCCCACAGUCAGAACACGUGCUCUGGGACAGGAAGCCAGCUUGGAUUAG